CAAAAUAGUGUCAUAUUUGUCAUACGAUGAGGUCCGCUGCGGCGGCUUUAUGCGUGAUGUGGGCUGCAAUGGCAACGCUGCGUGGCGUUGUCGCCCUAGGCAAUGGAGGUGGCAUUUCCGACAAUCACUUUAUCGACGACUACUUCUACGAUGACGACGCCAUUUCCUUGGUCACCGCUUCCACCUCGAUUCCAAGCGAUUUCCUGGGCGAAUCUGUUGUCCUUGCCGUCGAACAAGCGUCCGUGUACAAAGAAUUCAUGCUGCAUGCGUCUCGCACACAAGACGUGGUGGUAUUCAUGUCUACAUCUCCUGAUGCAAGACAAGUCUUCGAACGCGCGGUGCGGCGGCUGGACGAUGACGCCUUGUCAACCACGCGCUUCUUCGCGUUGCCGUUGCCUCCUCCAUCCUCAUCACCCCCGGACGACGAUGGAGCCGGCUUUGACGAACCCAUUGUCUCCUUCCACUCCGUGCACAGCCUUCCGUCCAUCCCCAAGUCGGGUCUCCAUGUCGUCGUCACGUAUCCCGCGUCUGGUCCACGAUCGUUGGCCGUCCACGCCAGCAACGCCAAGAUGGUUCAGGCGUCAACUUCAGAAGACGACUGGGUAGCUCGUCUGCAAUCCCAACUGGCGUCGUUCACUGCUACCCCAGCGCCGCCAUCGUCCCCGUCGAGCGUCAUGCCAUCGAUGAUGACCGUCGCCAUCGUACUGUACGUGGGGGUGGCGGUGAUCCCGAAAGUAGCGGCGAAUUGGCAGUGGUGGGUAACGUUCUGUCAAUCGAAGCGCAUUUGGUUUGGGCUAAGUCUCUUUGGACUGUACCUGUCGCUGUCGGGUACGCCACAACAAAUCUUCGUGGAUGUCUUAAUCAUGUGGGUUAUGGUCUGUCUGUCUGGCUGGCUGGCUUUGCGUAGGCUCAUUUUACUCAAUCAUCCAUGGCGCCCCUCUGUUCCACUUGUCUGGCCAAGGCUUUGCCCUCAUGCAUCCACAGCCCCAACGGCAGUUUGCCCUGGAAGGUUUGUUUGGCGGGAUGUUGCCGUUCGUCGUCUCCGCCGCGCUGCUCACCAUCACCCACGGCAUGCCGUACCUACUCAACCCAGACCACCGAUUCCACUCGGUCGUCAUGUGUGCCAUGGUCCUCGGCACCACAUGCUUCCUCGAGCAUGCGCUCUUCACGUCCAAAAAUCGGUGGUAUCGGUUGUUCUAGUCGAAGGCACGUUUGCUACCCCGUGGUAAUUUGGGCUUGAAUAUAUAUUUUUUCAAGCUGAAUUAGUUAAAUGUCAG